AUGAAUCGGUAUACAACCAUGAAGCAGCUUGGGGAUGGAACAUAUGGCAGUGUGUUGAUGGGAAAAAGCAAUGAAUCAGGGGAGCUUGUGGCCAUCAAAAGAAUGAAACGAAAAUUCUAUUCCUGGGAUGAAUGUAUGAAUCUGAGAGAAGUCAAGUCUCUGAAGAAACUUAAUCAUGCCAAUGUGAUAAAGCUGAAGGAAGUUAUUCGAGAAAAUGACCAUCUUUAUUUUGUGUUUGAAUACAUGAAGGAAAAUCUUUAUCAGCUAAUGAAAGACAGAAAUAAGUUGUUCCCUGAAUCUGUCAUCAGAAACAUUAUGUAUCAGAUAUUACAAGGGUUAGCUUUUAUCCAUAAGCAUGGAUUUUUCCAUCGAGAUAUGAAACCAGAAAACCUUCUCUGUAUGGGCCCAGACCUUGUUAAAAUAGCUGAUUUUGGUUUGGCCAGAGAACUAAGAUCACAACCUCCAUAUACUGAUUACGUUUCUACCAGAUGGUACCGUGCACCUGAGGUUUUAUUGAGAUCUUCUGUUUAUAGUUCUCCUAUUGACAUAUGGGCUGUUGGCAGUAUAAUGGCUGAACUCUAUACACUAAGGCCACUUUUUCCAGGAACAAGUGAAGUUGAUGAAAUCUUCAAAAUUUGCCAAGUAUUAGGAACCCCAAAGAAGAGUGAUUGGCCAGAAGGAUACCAACUUGCCAGCGCAAUGAAUUUUCGAUUCCCUCAAUGUGUCCCCCUAAACCUAAAGACUCUUAUUCCAAAUGCCAGCAAUGAGGCAAUUCAACUUAUGACUGAUAUGCUGAACUGGGAUCCAAAGAAACGACCUACAGCCAGUCAGGCAUUGAAGUAUCCUUACUUUCAAGUUGGUCAGGUUUUGGGACCACCUCCACAGUGUCUGGAUCAGAAACAAUUUCAUUCCAAGUCAGCUCAGUCAACAGAUCCAAAGCCAUCUGUAUCCAAACUAGAACCUGUAUCAAAAUUAGAACCUGUAUCUAAGCCAGAAUCUCAGUCUUCACCAGAUACACCUGACAAGUUUCAGCUGCAGUGCCCAUCCAAGAAUAACCAGCACCCCCUCCAGCCAAUUCAUAUGCCACAGAAUGCAACUAACUGGCAACCACCAAAGCAGCAACAGCAGCCGCCACAAUCCUUCCUUCCAGCCAUCAAUAAAAAUUCAACACAAAAGCAAAUAAUCGUAGGACCUUCAAAUGGUGCUGUGGGACUGAAAAACUGUCGGCGUCGCUGGGGUCAAACUAUAUUAAAGACCAUGGAUAGUUGGGAUGAUUUAGAUGAUACAGAAUUUGGAAUUUCAUAUUCUAAGAAGCCCAGCAUUACUGCAUUAAGUGAAAAGAAAACAAAUGACUCUCUUUUUAGUGUUCCUGAGUUGAAGUCCCCCAAGUGUGCCCAGUCAGGAGGCGAAAACAAAAUUCUGAAGAGAAAUGACUCUGGAAUAUCAACAACAUCAGCAAAACAAUACUACUUAAAACAGUCAAGAUACUUACCUGGUGUAAACCCUAAGAAUGUCUCCUCAGGAGCAGUCAGUAAGGAAGGAUCACAUCAUGGUACCUGGAAUAAUUCCUUAUUUUCAAAACCAAUAGCACCAAUUGGAGGCCUGUCUUUCAGUCGAGUCAAUGCAGAAGAAAACUUAAUUAAACCUAUUGAAAAAUUGUCUUGCAAAGAAAGAGUGAAUGAAAAAUUAGAGGAUGCAAAAGGAAAUGCUGGCUUUGCUGGUGCUGCUUACAAUGCCCCUGGAGGAUAUAUCCCUUCCUUUCACAAAAAGGAGGUUGGUUCAGCUGGUCAAAGGAUCCAGCUAGCACCUCUUGGCCCCUCAGCCACAGAAUAUGCAGAAUAUGCUUGGAAAACAAAGGCUGCCCGUUCUCAAUUACCAGGACCUACGUACAACCCAGCCACAAAAGGCAUAAACAUUUUAACUCGCCCGCCACCACCAGUACAACCAGUGCAUGGAAGAACCGACUGGAUGGCCAAAUACGGAGGGCAUCGCUAGAAGUACUUUUGCAUACUUGCUUGCUGUUACUGUUUAUAUACUUCCCUUCAUUUUGGGACACUUUAAAACACAUUUCUACUAAUAGAAUAUCAAUUCUGGAAAGAACUGAGAGCCUGUAUUUUAUUAUCUCUAGGAAUAUAUAUAUAUAAUAAUAAAUUUGUUUUACUUAGAAAGUAUCCUUUAAACUAGUGUCUCUAAGGGUUAGGUUUUUUGUUUUGUUUAUGUUAUAUGUUACAAAGUAUUCUAUAAGGGAACUUGCCAAAGCUGAUGAGCAUUUGACCUCUUGUUAGAUGGGUGGUAACUUUUAUUGGAUCCCUUUGAUGCUUUAAUUUUUUUUAAUGUCAGAAUAGAAAUAAG